ACCGAUUGGUCAAGACUGCUGUGACAUCACAGGAAGGGGGUUCAUUAGUCACACGCUGGCACAACAUAGUAACCACAGCCUUUUGUUUUGCACGUAAUUGGCAUAUAAAGGGUGGGCUUUUAUUCUGGGAAUGAAGAUGCAUGUUGACAGCGUUUGUGUGAUUCAUGGUAUGGAUGUGCGGUGUCUAAAAGUUGGAAGGCGAGACGCGACCGUGACUUCCUGACUUUGCGGACAUUUAUAAAGGAUUUCUGGCCGCACUUUAGGUUGUUGUCUGCCAAUCUCUAAGGCAGGACAUUGCUAGGAGCUGCAAGGCUCUCGCCAAGUGGUCAAAAGUUCAUGUUGUAUAAUCUGAAGGACCCUGCACAAAACUCCAGAAACAUUGGAUAACUGGUUGGAUAUUUUGGGCUCAAUUGAAAUGCAGAUUAGAUGAACCAACCCCGGUGAACAGUCUCCAAGUAAAACAGCUGAUCUUCAAAUACUCUUGUGGUAUUUCUUGGCAAGCUAGAGUGCACUCUUGCUGCAGCACAGUGUGUGCAGGGUGAGCCGUCAGUACAUGUACAGUGCAUACCUACAAAAAUACACUUGUGAUUCAGUGAUGAGCUAUCGCAUUGUAACCUGGUGCAUGUGUUGGAAUGUUGUACGCAUGAGUGUUCAUAACACAGCCAAGGUCUGUUAACCUUUCAUAGAAGAGGGCUUACUGCUCUCAGCAUUCUCCACUUCUGAGCUGUUUUGUUCGUGAGGUCGUAAAUUGGCUCCUACAAAAAGUCCUGCCAAUUGAGGCAAGUCAGUCGUGCAGAACAGAGGAGUAGAGUUGUUUGGAGAAUAAACAGCGUUCACUUUUCCCAUGAUUUUGCACCAGAGUCUGUGUAGUGCCUUGUAAAUCAACAAAGAUAAACCACAGAUCUGCCUGUGCAUGCUGUAUAACGUGUGUGUCCAUCUACAGGUGCAAAUACUUUACAGAACGGCAACAGGAUACAUGGAAUAAGCAAAGUUUCUGAAAAUUGCCAAGGAAAUUGAGUUACCACCCUCUAGUGAAUCAACAGCCAGCCUAGUAGGCUCCUCAGGAAAAUCAACAGCUGUGUCAAGCAUCGGGGAGAGUCAUACAUUUGUAACAUUAUCUGACUUUGAAUGGUGUGACUGCAGAUUAUAGUAAUGUACAUUCAGGACAAACGACAGUCCUCAACGAUGGAGGAUCCCCAAGAGACGACCAAGUACGAUUAUGAAUACAUGAAAUUUGCUGGCGGCGGCGUUGAUGAGGGCAAAGGUGAAGAAGCCCUCUUUCAGGAUGAGCCCGAUUAUGUUCCCAUGGAGGGUGCUGAUGAUGCGCAUGUGCUAGCCAGAGCGUUGUACGACAACAACGCUGAAGCUCCGGACGAGCUCUCCUUUCGCAAAGGCGACAUCGUGUCCGUGCUGGAGCAGAAUACCAGCGGACUGGAAGGAUGGUGGCUGUGCUCCCUCAACGGUCGCCAAGGCAUCGCCCCCGGCAACCGGCUGAAAAUAUUGGCGGGAAUGUACGAGAGUCCACACAGCCCGCCCCCUUCCCAGACUGCCCAAAAGAUAAAGACCCCUAUGCGAGUUGGUCAGUCGUACAUCUAUGAUAGUCCAAGCGGCCUUCGAGCCCUAGGAGCCAACCAACAGGAAGACUACGAUGUGCCACCAAUCAGAGGCCAGGGCAAAGGGUACAAUACCCAGAACCUCGGUUACCAGACGGUGCCAGGUGCCAGCCGCAAUGUCCUCACUCACCAGCUCUCGGCUGAGGACACCUAUGACGUCCCGCCCAAUCUCCAAGGUGGUAAGUCACCGUCGCCAUCGAAGAUGCCCGAAGCUGCUCCCUUCAGGAAUCGGAAACAGUCCAUUGACGAGCUGUAUGACUCACCCAAGAAGCAGCAGCAGCAGCAGCAGCAGCAGCAGCAGGAGGUCUAUGACACAUUGCCCGCCUCCAAAGAUCCCAACUUACCGACGGAGAUUUACGAUUCGCCCCCGUUGAAAGGGAAAGUUUUGGACAGUCCACCCAAGUCACCAACUGAGGUGUACGAUGUGCCACCAGCUCUGCAGGCAAAGCAGAGUGGAGCCGAUAGGUUCCCCACAUCACCAGAGAGGUCCGUUUCUUCAAAUGGUCACCCUGCCCAGAAUGCAAACUCCCUUGACGUGUACGACACCCUACCGGGGCAAAAGUAUCCCACAGACGUGUAUGACGUGCCACCAGCACAUGACUUAUCUGCCAAGAGACCGUCAUUUCAGAAUGACGCUAAGGAACUCUGCGAUAGCCCAUCCAACACACCCUCCCAGGGGCUGUAUGACAGCCCCCCUAAGACCAAAAUCACUGUUCAGCACAGUGCAGACCACGUGUAUGAUAUACCACCACAGGUAACAAGGGACCAACCUCGAUCAGGCCGCGCGAGUCCAGUACACCGUGGAUCUGUGGAUCAAAUCGACGGGAAGAUGAAUCUUCUGUCCAUGACACGGCUAACUCGAUCAGUUGAAAAUCUAGACGAGUCAGGUGUGAGGAGCAAUGAGCUUGACGUGACAUCUGCAAUGGAGUUGCUAAAUGAAAAGCAGCAGGUAUUGGAGACGGCCAUUGCGUAUCUCAUGAGCUACGUCAGCAGCACAUGGCGCCACCAGUCUAAUCUGGAGCCCCGGAUUCACGAGAUCAAGUCCGCUUGCAAGCAGCUCAAAGUUGCCUUGGAAGAGUUUCUGGAAUUCUCCGACCAGUGCGUUGCGGGCGCAGCUAAACACAGCGAAGAGCUGUGGACGGGGAAGCUCUGUAAAUCAGCUCAGGCCAUGAGAGAGUCGCAUGCAUCUAUGGUGAAAUCACAUGCCGCCUUGGAUGAAAUGAACUGGCAGGUUUCCAAGCUGGUGUAUAAGCCCGGUUCCAGCACAGCCAACGAGCUGGAUCAAAUUGCCCUGUCAGCCAGGAGUGUUACUGACGACAUGAAGCGGUUUGUGUCCCUCGUCCAGGAGAAUGAAGCAAGCCUCUUCCGGCCAUCCUUUGCCCGGAACCUUAGCAAUCCUCAGGAGCGUCCCUUGCCGACACCUCCAGCGACAUCUUCCAGCAACACAAACUGGCUGUCUCCGGAGAAGGAGAGCCCUGCAAAAGGGGCCAUCCAGUCCAGACCAUUACCCCAGUUACCUCCGGGUGGCGCCCCUGCCUCCGCCCAGCCUGAUGACCCCAGCCAACCUCCUAACAAGGACGCAAUCGCCGAUUACGGCUACCUCACCAAGAAGGAUCCGCUCAUUAACAAACAGAUCAUUGUGACGGACCCCGGUGCCAAGCAGCCCUCGGUCCUCCUGCCCAACGACAAACAGAUCCUGGCGUUUUACGUCAACGACGUGGAGUCUCUAGUCAACACCCUGAGCAGUGCCAUUGAUCUGUUCUUCACCUGCAUUGAGGCCAACCAGCCCCCGAAGGUCUUCGUGGCCCACAGCAAACACAUCAUCUUGAUUGGCCACAAGUUGGUUUUCAUCGGAGACACGCUGCACCACAACUUGCAGCACCCGGAGGUGCGCAAUCGCAUCAUACGCUGCAGCGACACCCUCUGCGAGUGUCUGAACGGUGCCGUGAACACCACCAAGGUGGCUGCCUUGCAGUAUCCUGCCGUCGGCCCGCUGCAAGAAAUGGUCGAUAGGAUCACAGAUGCUGCCAAUUCCACGCAAGACUUAAAAGCAGCCAUUUUACAGUGUGCUGCUUUGUAAUACUGACUAAGAAUUUAUGUGAAUACAAGAUUCGGAGUGGACAUUCAUUUCUGAUGUUGGAUUAAUGUAAAAACAACUGACAUGGAUCAGUUUUUACGAUUGUACAAAUAAACUUCAUUGUUUCUCUGACAAACAGAGAUUGCAUUUUGGUUUUCAAAUAUUUUUAUUUGUACAGACACUUUCAAUUAUAAGUUGAAAUGAUUUUUUUGUAUAAAGGAAAGAGAUAGCAAAUCAAAUGUGUACAAACAUGACAAAGAGAUAAAAAGCUGAAAAUGCACAAACGAGAAAGGAAAAAUAAACCUGAAAAUGCACAGAUUGUAAAAUGUAUGCGAAGUCCGGGCCUCUUUAUGCAGCUGCUAAUCACAGUAAACAUUUGCUGAGCAGAAACAGAUUAGCAGACUAACUGAUAUACACAUUGUAUUGCUACAUGUACUUUGCUUACAUUGUUCCAUAACAAAUUUUAAGCACUGUUUUCUGCUUAGGGCCCCAAAAAAUAGUUCUGCUUCCGAUUACAUCGCAUUUGAAAAUAGAGUAGGUAGGUAGGGAAUUUUUUUGGGGGUG